AUGUCGAAACGGCGGGUGUUCCGUUGGCCUGCCCGCCGGACUGCUGGGCUAGGAUGUGUCGCCUUGAUCUUCACCUCGAUUCUGUCGCUCAUGAUGUACACGAAUCGAUCGUUUGAGCCCGAGCCCGACACGGGUCCGGUGUAUGGGGAGGUCAUGCGACAACUUUCCGAAAUCACCAACAACUACAGCAAUGCCACGGGCGUCGGUCUCGUCCUGGCCGCCACGCAGACGGAGGAUCUGAAUUGGUUGCUGAACUACUGCAGGGACUACGGAACAACCCCCUUCGUCUACACCACCGACGCCACGCCCGAACCACACCUCAUCGUCCCUCGAACCACGCGCGGCCGCGAAGCCGCCGCCUACCUAUCCUUCGUCGUCGACUACUACGACCACCUCCCGGACUACACGAUCUUCAUCCACUCGAACCGCGACCAGUGGCACAACGACCUGUUCGGGUCGCGCACCAGCUCGGCCCUCCGCCAUCUCCGUCUCGAGGCCGUCGACGCGCAAGGCUACGUCAACCUGCGCUGCGAGCACGACCCAGGCUGCCCGACGAACGUGCACCCGUGGUCUCCGACGCAGAUCGACAUCGACAAGAACGAUAUCCGCGCGUACUUCCCGCAGGUGUACCAGACGCUGUUCAACGUCGGCAAGGAGAAGGUCCCCGACCAUAUCGGGAAUGUCUGCUGCGGGCAGUUCGCCGUGAGUCGGCAGCGUAUCCUGCAGCGGCCGCGACACGAUUACGAGCGCAUGUUGAAAUGGGCGGCGGAGACGGAGUUGACGGAUAGUUUUGGCGUUGGGUGGGUGUUUGAAAAGGUGUGGCAUGUUGUUUUUGGAAUGGAGGAUAUCUACUGCCCCCGCUUCGAACAAUGCCGGUGCGAUACGUACGGAUGGUGUGGACCGCUGGCAUCGGGCGAGACACUGCAGGCAGUGCGAGCUCAAUCCGGCAAGCACAAAUCAGGACUGACGGUAUAA